CCUCAUUGGUCCACGAGCCGAGCUAAUAACACAAACAAAUCCUAAACAUAGUAAUAUUGAUUUAAAAUCGAAUUAAUUUGCACAACAUGGCGUUUAAAUUGCUAGUGUCUGCUGUUUUUGCGACUUUGUUGUCUGCGCACGCGUCACCGCUUGCUUUGAAAAGCAUUGAACGCAGUUUCCCAUUCUACAGCAAAGAGGAAUGGGGAGCUGAGGUACCCACAGACGUGAGGCCCCUGCACCACCCGGCACCCUACGUGGUCAUCCAUCACACUUACAUACCCUCGGCUUGCGACUCCGUGGAGGAUUGCUCAGCCAAGAUGCGCUCCAUGCAGAGAUACCAUAACAGCUUGGGGUGGGGCGAUAUUGGUUACCAUUUCUGCGUGGGUGGUGAUGGAGCAGCAUACGAGGGCCGCGGCUGGGACACGGUGGGCAUCCACGCGACCGUCGCCAACAGCCACAGCAUCGGCAUCUGUCUUAUUGGAGACUGGAGAGUGGAACUACCUCCAGUUGAGCAGCUAGAAACGACCAAAGCUUUAAUCGAAGAAGGAGUAAUACGAGGCAAGAUCAGCCCCGACUACAAACUGAUAGCUCACAACCAGGUCAGCGCGACUGAGUGUCCUGGUGACGCCCUCGUCGCAGAAUUCUCUACCUGGCCACAUUAUACCCCUGGACGUCCUGACUUCAGUGUUUUGACGACCACGCCUGCAGCGACUACUUCGGCAUAAAGCUCUCUUAUCUCUGUACCUAUUAAACUUAGCAAUCAUUUGAAAAAAAUAUGACAAUCGUAUCAGGGACUUUGACUCCGCCUACGUUUGAAUGUAGCGACAAAUAAUGUUAUUACUAAUUAUGUAAAAGGAAUAACUAUUAUAUUUAUUGUACUAUAGGGGCUUUCAUCGAAAUUAAAUUUCAAAAUAGGGAAUAUUAAAAAAAAAUAUAUUUAUCAUGCUUUUUCGGAAAAUCGACAUUUUGAUUGGAUGCAGGUCAAAAUUAUUAAUAACUUAUCUAAUAUAGCAUUAUAUUUUUCUGACUUUUGCACUAUUUUUGAUCGAAAAUAGCAAAAGUGGAUAAUAUUUUGUUGCCAUUGUAAACUUAGCCAUAUACUUCUAUGACUGAGGCUUAUCGACUGAAAUCCUUGUUGUUUUGUUUUUGCAUUUUUAUUUAUUAUCACAUGCUUGCCAUUAUUUAUAAAUAAACAAUUAAAUGCCUGUUUCAUAUUUUAAA